AGAAGAGAUAUAGUUCGAUGUCUCGUAACUAUGACAAUUGGGAAAGACUUCUGGAAGCCGUGCUGCGGAGAGAACAUGACCGGGAACUUGUUUUAGCUCAUUCCCCAGAUCCAAGUUUCAGCUCUAGUAUCAUAUCCCAUCCCUGUACUUCAAUUCAUGACAAUCAGAAUAUUCAACUUGGAACUUCCUCCAAUACAGUAAAUGAAAAAGAUUGGGAGAGAUUGCUGCUACCAGAUUACGAGGACAUCAUCUCCAGGUCUGCGGACCCAGUGGUCUAUGCAACCAAGAAAGACCUUUACUUGAGUCUUCGUGACUCUCCAAUUUUACAUGAUGGAGGCAAAAUGGUAACAUCACAAAUUUUUAUAAAUUUCUAUAUUCUGGUGUUAUUUGUAAACUUAACCAAAAUAAAAUUUAUAUAUCUUUUUUCUUUUGAAUUGCCUUUGAAAUUGCAUAUUAAUAAUAUUAUGUGCAGAUUCUUAACUGUGGCAGAGCUUAAACAAAUUUUGAGGUUUGAUAGUCGAGGACAAAUAGAUACAAAUAUGCUGUCCCCGAAGACUCGUUAUGCAGCAUAUCUUGUAUAUGGAUUCGCAAAAUCUUACAAUUGUAAUCCCUUGUCAGCAAAUGCUAUUAUCAGUUUUAAUAAUAAUGAAGAUUGUAAUGCUCCCAAGCAAGCUAGAACACUUCACCUUAAACCAUGGACAUAG